UCUGAUUUUUGAGGCAAACCUUCAAAUCUAUAAAUAGAGUAACAUGAAGUGCAUGCUCCAACACCAAUCUAACAAAUACACAUUUAUCCAAGUCUCAACAAAUAACGAAAAUGUCACCAAAAACAACCACUAUCUCCCUCACACUCCUCGCACUUACUCUUACUCUAACACUGUCCUCCGCCCAAGCCAAAUGCCCUGCUUCUUCAAUCCCUAAAAUCUUAAACCUCUAUGAUUUACCACCAUCGAUUUUCCCUAGUAAUGUGCAGAGCUUCAGCUGCGAUCUUAUCACCGAAAACUCAAUCAAGUUAUCAAUUAACUUGACGGGCGAAUGUGUGGUGACUAGGGAGCUUUGGGGCGUCAAAAAUGUUCUGACGUGCAAACAACAGAUUUCAGCGACCUUAUCUUAUAGGAAACUCGCCGACGUUAAGGGAGUCACUGUCGAUCUCUCGGGCAAUAUCCCUCCCCCGAUCCCUACAGGGCUCAUGAUCAUAACCGGUGGCAAAGUUUACGAUGUCUUGGGCUUUAAGCUUUUUCAGUUUUAUUCUGACAGAGGUGAUAGUCCACCUUUCCCCUUCAUUGCAUUCCCUAAUGAAGCCCCCAAUUGUGAUACUAAUCCUUCUUUUGUUCUCUCUUCCCGCCUACUACCUUUUAAUCCUCUUCUUGUUGCUUAAUAAGUCAUGUUAAUUAAGAAGUUUAUCUAUUUAUCGUUUCUAUUUUAUCAUGUACGUUUGUGUGUUAUAUGCUUAUUUGAAUAAAUCUGCUUAUAUGUAAGCAGCCCAUCACUGUAACAUACGUUAUACGUGUAUCAUCAUGUCAUUAUUAAUCAACUACUUUUAUCAGUGUCUUUUCUA